UCUUGGUGCUGUCUUUUUAUUACUUUUUGACCACGAUUGUUCCUCCGUCGGCGUUAUUCAACAUUCAUCAUAUUGUUUGACAGAAUAAAUCACGUGUCAAUAGUGUACCUGGUGCUGGGCAUGCAAGUGUCUCCCGUCAAAAACAAUUGAACUGACAUUAUGGCUGAUUCCUCGUACGAGAAGGGACUGAGUGAGUUAUCGAAAAUGAAGGUCGCCGAUUUGAAAGCUGAAUUGAAGCAACGCGGACUGCCUACCACUGGCAAUAAGACCGAGCUCGUCGAGAGGCUUCAACUUGCCAUUCAUGGUGACGCGAGUCUAUCUCUAGAUGAAACCACUGAUGAAAUCCUGGACGAGGAUGCAGUGCUUGGAGACGAGGAAAUUGAGGAAUUGUCGACGAAACCGGACUCCCAAGACGUUGGAGAGAAGAGGAAAUCGACUGAGGACAGCAGUCCCAUUCAGGCUAAGAAAAUAAUUCUGAACAGAAAUCCUGUUAUUGAGGAGGUGAAGGUGGACGAGCCCGAGGAGAAGGAGGAAAAGUCUGAGGGAGCUGAUGACAGUGGACCAGCUAAGAAAGUUAUCAAGCUCUCGGAGCUGGGGGUCAAGGAGCGUUUAGAGAUGAGAGCCAAAAAGUUUGGGGUGCCUCUCUCAGACACUGCUAAGAAGGAGGUUAGGUCUGCCAGGUUCAACAGUGAAAAUCAGAGCAAUGGAAAGUCCUCUGCGUCGAUAAAAACUCCAGUUAAUACUUCUUACGAGGUCUUGAAGAAGAGAGCUGAAAGAUUUGGAACUAAUGCCUCUGGUCUCAUGGAAAAGGCUGAACUCGAAGCGAGAAUAGAAAAACGUAAAGCUCGCUUUGGUGAAGUGAAACCAAUAGAGAAAACAUUCCCCAACAGAGUAAAAAUUGUCAAAUGAUAUUCCAUACUCUAUACCAAAAAAGUGAACUUAGACCCCUAGCUGUAAACCUUUGUUUCUCCACUGAAAAAAAUUCAUCAAGAAUCAAAAGACAUCAAAUUAAGUGUCGCAUUUCACCCACAACUUAGUAAUGAUGGUAAAGUACAUUUACAAAAGUUGACGUUUCAUUUAUGAUUAUUUUACGGAUUAAUGGGAUGAUGAAUUAAUACACAAUUUUUACGCAAAAAAUUAAUUUGUUUAUUUCAUUUUCUAGAUAUAAUCAGGCUUUCGUUUCAUAAAUAUUGUGUGUACAAACGAAAAAACUGUCUACGAGGCCAAAUAUUUUAUUUUUCUUUUCCAUGAAUUGAGUGUUUUGAGAUAGAAAAAAAAUUAAAAUAUAAAAAAGAUUAUUGUAUCGUCUUGCCAGAGCCAAUUACAUUAAUAACAACUCCAUUUAAAAUCGCAUCUCCCAGAGACAAACGAAAAAUAGCUGUGCGUGUUUUUUUUUCAAAAAGGGUGGCCCUAUGUAAUGAAUUGCAUUCGUUGAAAAAAGAGAAACGAAAAAAUAAUUAAUCACGAGUGUGUAAAUAAAAAGUCAUUACUCCUCGCA